UUGAAUGAAAUUACGACUUUACCCCUGAAAUUUAAAAAAUUACGAAAAUGCCACUAAGCUUAUAACUUAUAUAAAAACACUUCAAAUCCACUCAAUAACACUUUCAUCACUUCCAUAAAAUCAAAUUCUUCACAUAAAAUUAAGCGGAGCUAAAACUUUGGAAUCGAAAUCGUCAACAAAAAUUCGAGUAAAUGGCUGGAAAUCAAGGUAAAGGAAAAGGGUUUUUUAGAGGUUUAUUAAGCGGCAAUAGAUCUAGGCCUACUUUACUGAGAGGUGAUCCCCAUGAGAGGGGGGUUACGGGAUCUGCAAGGCGAGCAAGGCAAGAACAAGCGGCCAUACAUAGUCAGGCCCAACGUUCAAGUACCCUAGAGCAAGUGCGUAGUCGCUUUGAGCGCCAAAGUAGCCUACAUAGUCAUACGGUCGGCUCAGGUGACGAUGAUACUGAUUACGACGAGUCUCUUAGUCGGGAAGAGUCUCUUGGUCAGGAUGAGUCUGCAUGUCAUCCUGUUGAUUGGACGAUCGUAAGAGGCCAUGCUGUUAAGUUCAAGAGUAGAGGGCAGGGCUCGAGUGGCACUUCUGAUCAGGCAGGAGUAAGCCAGGCUGAGGAUGCGGCUCCACGGGGGAGGAGGCGAUCGCAGUCCGCGGACACGGACUGGUUAAUCACAUCAGCCCAGCCCGGGGGCCCUGUUGAUACUACUUUAAUACCCAGCUACGGUGGGCACGUAGCAAAGGCUAUAUUUGAGGGAUCGGAGCGCACCCCUCCGAUUUUGGAAUGUCGUGCUCGGAAGAAAACGUUGGAUUCAAUCAUUAGACUUCAGGACAUGUCUGAUGAAUUGUACAGAGUGUUACCUGGUACUCCCCUUGGUCGGCUGCCGUAUAUAAUGCACCAGCACAUCGACAGUGCUCUCAUUACGGCAUUUGUGGAAAGGUGGCAGCCUGACACCAACACCUUCCACAUGCCGUGGGGGGAGAUGACCAUAAUGUUGCACGACGUGCAACGCAUCUUGGGAAUUGGCAUUGACGGUUCACUUCCCGUGCAACCGUCUGAUAAUGAAUGGCAGCUUGGCCUGGCCGGCCUUUUUGGUAUGCCAUUGUCGGAGCUGCGUGCGAAGGGGCACUUCACAAGCGGCAGCAUUAAUGUUGGUGCACUGUUGCAGCUAUGCCACCGUUCUCAGUCUAUGGAUACUCAACGUACCGCCUACUACAUGGCUAUAGUAGGUUCCACGUUGCUCGUGGAUAAGACUAGAGUCGGGAUGCGUCCUCACCCUGUUGUUACUGUUACCGCUGAUGAGGCUGAUAUUGCUUGGGGUGCAGUAACGCUUGCUCACAUGUAUCGCCAACUGGCCUUCCGCCCCCAUCCGCGUCAAGCUGACAUGCCGAACAAGACAAGGGCAGAGAUGUGGUCCCCGCCGAAGCCAAUCCGCGAGCUGAGUAGACUGAUAGACUGUAGGAGCAUACUGGAUGCCAUGACAGAGGCACAGGUGGAGUGGACUCCGUACUUGACUUAUGAUAGGUCUUUAUUGAACGAGCACCCACGUACCUCGUAUAUCGGUGGUAUCACCUGUUUCGAUAUCGUGGAGUUCUAUUUGCCUGAGAGGACAGUGAGGCAGCUCGGUUUUGCACAGGAGAUUCCCCCGGCUCCGCUGAGACCUACCCAAGCUCUGCGACCAGCACAGGGCUCCUACUCAGUUACAUUCGCUUCUUCCUGUAUGUUUACGGAGAUGUGGAGUAGGUUCCCUUACUGUGCCCGCGUAGUGGAGCAGGCACAGCGUCGCGCAUCGGUUCCAUCAGAGGCUGCCCCGGAUUACGUGGACUGGUUUAGAGUGUCUUCCCACUGUUUUCUCAUCCCAGGUGAAGGACCUGCUGCUGCGUUUGGUGCUGCUGAUAACAGAGUCGAAUAUUUUGCUGCUGAAUUUCCAACUCGACUUGUACCAUUGCUCAGGAUGCCAGCUAUUGCUCAAAUGACGCCUCGGGAAAGAGAUGCUGCUGAUAUGUAUUUAGAGGAUCUUAGAGAGUUGUUUUCCGAAUGGCAACAGUGUAGAGGGCGCAGCCCCUAA